AGAGAGCGCUGCAAAAUCACUGAUUGUAGUUAGCAUCUAUUUCUCUAAUACGCCAAGAAGAUUCUUUUCAUUCUUUUUAUUUCUUCGAAUCUAAGAAAUACGUAUGCAUUGUUAUAUUAGGUGUGUUUUUACGGAAUGGACAGUCAAGUGUGCGGAGACGGUCGAUUGUUAGAUCUGAUCGAUGAAGCUUGGCACAAGGAACGUUUGCCCAUUGACGAUAUCGUAGUACCAGUAGCAGAAUUACCCGAUCCCGAAAGUGACAAUGGUGAUUCUCACAUGACAUUAAAGGAAUUAGAACAAAAGUGGAAUAAUCUAGCUUUAGGGACUCUCAGUGAAAAUCAUUUGCAUUCCCCGACACCAUCUCAUAAUUAAACACAGGGGAAAGAUGUUCGGUCGAAGACUGCAAACAAUUGAAUUUUUUGCCAUUCGAAUGCAAUCAUUGUCAUGACAUUUUCUGCAAGGAACAUUUUCACAUAGCUUCUCAUAAAUGUUCUGGAUAUCGUGAAAAUGUUAC